GCUUUCUCCUCCAUUUGCUUUACACUUCAAACUAUCAUGGCUGUUCACCCAGAGGUUCGCCAGCUCUACCGCUCCUUCCUCCGUCUACACGCCUCCUGGCCACCGCAACCCUCUCGACCUGCCCGACUUCAAUCCUACAUUCUAACCCGAGUGCGGAACGAAUUUCGUCAACCAACAGAGUCACUAGCAGAAAGAGUAAAAUAUGGACAAGAGCAGUUAGCUAGCUUGCAGCGGAUAUUGAAUAAUGAGAUUGAGAAGAAGUAUCCGAUACCAGAAACAAGUCCCAUCCCCGCUUUCCUACCUCCAAAGAAGACAUACACACUGCUAGAUCAAGAAGCACAGGAUACCUUGGAAGAAAAGACAACGGUUUCCUAUUUCAAGGAUUAUUUGGCGAGUAAAUUCGAGAGGCAGUGAUUGAGAGCCAGAGAACAAGCGUUGUUUGCCGUCCAUGAUGCCCUCAGAGUUUGGAAACCUUACUUGGAGGGAACCCCUACAAGGUUAUCGCAGACCACCAGUCCCUCAAGUGGCUACAGCGAUUUAUUGCGGAACAAUUUAUAUUAUGGUGGGAAUGUGCGUCAUGAAGAGUUGGGGUACCCGGCGAUGGGAACAAGCAAGUUGUAAAUUGCAUGUCUAUAUACAAGCAUCGGUAAUAUACAAAGGUCACAGUUCACAACCGU